AUGAGCUCGCCAGACUUCUACCACCAUGUUCGUGUUUCUCAAGCCUCUGCAAAGGCCCAGGACGUCCGUGUCCAACUAGCAGAGUAUAAGGCCCACAAGGCUCACGUGGACGAGUACAAACUCGAUAUCCACCAUCAUCUUUUGGACUUGGACACCAAGACCAGACCCAACUUGCACCUUAUCCAGCAGCAGCCGGAGAUCAACCUACGCAUGCGUCCGCUCUUGCUUGACUUUUUGAUGGACGUGAUCAACAAGCUCAACUUGAGCAAGCUGACCUUCCCCUUGACCGUCAACAUCAUUGACAGAUACUGCUCGGUCCGCAUUGUCAAGAAACAGCACUACCAGCUCUUGGGCCUCACGGCGCUCUGGAUCGCCUGCAAAAACUUGGACUCCAAGUUCCGCAUCCCCAGUCUCAAUGACUUGUGCAAGUACUGCUGCCACUGCUACGACAAGAAGUUGUUUUUGGAGAUGGAAAACCACGUUUUGAAGCUGUUGGGCUGGCUUGUGGAUGCCCCAACUUUUGAUGCUUUCGUCGACUUGUACAUCAACGCCUUGGCCCUGUCCCCUUUCUUAGCCGGCUCUAAGAACCCCCACAAGGUCUGCAACGACGUGAAGAUCGUGGCCAUCUACAUCUGUGAACUCAUCCAGUUCUACCCAAACAUAUACUUCAACUACCUGCUGCCCAAGAUUGCCUUGAUGAGUGUCGUGCUUGCGUGUCUUAUCCUCAACACCAGUGCCGACUUCACCACCCAUGCUUUCUUGACCUACGUUGCCGUGGAGACCGAGGUGCCUAUUGUCAACCACUCCACCUACAAUGCGGCCUUUGGCUUGCUCAUCAAGGUGCUCAAGUGUCCUCCUCCCUCGCUCAAAACCAAGUACUUCAACGAGGACCUGCGCUUCCUCAACCUCAUGAAGCAGCUUGUGGCGUUCACCUGGAAGCACUUGGCUCCCAACUCGGUGUUUUCUCACACGGGCGCUGCUCCCACUUCGAGCGAUUGCGGUGCCAUUGAGCUUAAUACGCCUGUUUCCAGAGACGAGCCUUCGAGCAUCAGCCCGAAAAACCAGGAGGGCGGAUUUUCCGAGCCUAUUCGCCCGGCCUUGACUCCCCAGGUUUCUGCACCCGUCACCUCCCACCCAGGCUACGUGAAGCCGUUUGGAUUGCACCAGUUGCUGCCCAGAACACAACGGACAUUGCCGCUGCCCAACCUUCUGCCGGCCGAGCUGGACAGAAUGUUUGGAGGCAAGCGCAGCUACGAAAAUGCCCAUGCGCCGGGCGUCAAGAGAUCAAAGAGCAUGAGCAAGGCUGUCUUUUACAUUCACUAG